CCACCAAAAGACGCUCGGCGUCGUGCACAGCGAAGAGAUUUAUUAACCGGCGAUCCGGCAACCGAGCCUUACUUAAAUCUUUCAUCAGAGGAUGGCUUCAUCCAACACGCCAAAAAGAAGAACAAGAGGACGCCAGCAGUACAAAACCUCAAUCGGGCCAAUGAGACAGCGAAUAAUAACGACGGCAAAGCAGGCGGUGCUGGUGGAGGUGACGGGGAUCAAAACGAUGGUCCAGGAAACACCGGUGGGGGUGCGGGUAGUGAUGGCAAUGACGGUGGUAAGGGUAACGAUGAUGAUAAGGAUAAGGAUAACGAUAGGAAUGACAAUAAAGACAUGGAAAAAGAAAAGGAGGAAGAAAAGGAGAAAGAGAAAGAGAAAGAGAAGGAUAAAAAAGACGACACGGCCGACACAAAACUAGAUGAUAGCAUGGCGGCUCCUGAGACCAUUAGCAGCAAGAAAAAGAAGAAGGGGAAGACCCAGGUCGAAGAGAAGGUUGAAGCAUUUGAAGUACCAAGUAAGCCUGACGCCUUCCAGGACAUCAAGUUAGAUGAGCCCGUGAGGUCGUCCUUGGAUAUCGGUUUUAGGGGUAGUAGUACUACUACACCCGAGCCUAAGACCAACAUUUUUAUUCCGUGGCGUAGUGCCUGGGGUAGUGGUCUCGGGGGCCUAUUUGGGUCCAAAGAUGCUGACCACUCCAAAGAUAAAGAAGAGAAGAAGGAGGAGAAAAGGGAAGAGACGAAUGCUAGUGCGUGGAGCAUUGAUGGGCCCAAGGAUAAGAAGAAGGAUAAGACAGGAUUCGGAUUCGGUUCUUUAGACGAAACAGAGAAUAAAGCUGAAGCGCCCAUCUCUAAGAGGAAGUCUGAGGAGAAGUCCGAGAAUUUUGACCUCGGCCUGGGCCCGGCUAAGAAGGACAAGAACAAGAAGAAGAGCAGCGCCUGGGACCCUGAACCCCUGCCCAAGGAGACACCAGCCGCUCAAAGCAAGGAAUUAGGGUCGACUGCGCUCGAUGACAACUGGGGAAGCCCCUGGGAAGCAACCACUACUGCUAAGAAAAAGGGCAAGAAAGAUUCUGCUGUCGUAGCGCAUGAACCUGAGAAGACUGAGCCUAUAGUUAGUACUGUUAAUAACGCCCCGGCCGCCAUCGACUUACUUGUACCACCGUCUAAAAAAGAUAAGAAAAAGAAGACAGGUGCCAUUGAGGAAACCCCCGAGCCCGAGCCCCCGGCACCGGAGCUGGAGCUAGAGCUAGAGCCGGAACCCGAGUCUGUGAAAGAAGAGAACCCCUGGAGCGGCAUAUAUGGGACGUCCUCUAAGAAGAGCAAGAAGAAGGCAACCGAGACACUUAAAGGGUCUGACCCGCCCGUUCCUGAUCCAGAACCUGAUACUUUGACUCUUGAUAGUGGCUGGGGCUGGGGCGUGAAGGACAAAAAGAAGAGUAAGAUCGCAGAAGCUUCGAAGGUAGAAGAGUUAACGCCGCUGUCUGAACCUGCGAACAAGGAGGAAAACAAUUUUUGGGACUCCACAACUACGAAGAAAGACAAGAAAAAGAAAGGUAAAACUGCAACUACCACGCCGGAGCCUGUCGUUGAGAUAGUAGAAGAGAAAGCCGAGCCCGAAUUCAAACCCAAGCCCAAACACAACGAUCCUUGGGAGGUGUUCGGGGCCAUUAAGAAAGAUAGGAAGAAGAAGACGAAAGACCCCGAACCUGAACCUAUUCCAGAGCCAGUAGUUGAGCCUGAGCCUGAACCCGAGAAAGAUGACGACUUGGCGAAUUGGGAUGUACCUACCAAGAAGAAGAGCAAAAAGAGCAAAGGUGCCGAGGAAAUCAAGGAGCCCGAGCCAGUGUCGACACCAGAGUCCCCAACAGAGCCUGAGAAGAAGGAAGACGACUGGGGUCUUUUCGGUAAAUUAAUUAAGAAGGACAAGAAAAAGAAGAACGUCGUUGCAGAUGAGCUACUUGAAGAUAUACCCAAGGAGCCUGAACCGGAGCCGGAGCCCCCGAAGAAGGAAACUGUCGAUUUUCUAUCUUUUACAGCUACAACGAAUGAGAAGAAGAAGAAGAAGAAGAAAGGUGCGACGGAGCCGGAACCGGAACCGGAACCUAUCUCAGAGCCAGCGCAAGAGCAAGAGCCGGAGCCGAAACCAGAACCAGAACUGGAGCCUAUAAAAGAAACCGAACCUGGGGAGGACGAUCAUUGGGAGUUGUUUGCCGCUGCCUCAAAAAAGGACAAGAAAAAGAAGAAGAAAACUGCCGCGGGAGAGCCCCUUCAAGAACCAGGGUUUGUUCCCGAACCUACACCAGAAUCAGAACGAGAAAAAGUCGAGCCUACUAACGACCGGGCUGCAUGGGGCACCUCAAGUAAGGACAUAGGCAAGGGUAAAAAGAAAAAGAGCAUCUUAGAUGAGCUUGCUCUCAAAAAGUCGGAGUCAGAACUAAAGCCAGAGGUACUUCCCACUCAAAAUGAUGAUGACGCGUGGGGCCUCAGCACCUCUAAGAAAGAUAAGAAGAAGAAGAGUAAGACCACCAUUGUCCCGGAAAAGCCACCCAAGGAAGAGGAAGUAGCACCGCCAGCUCCAUCUACCUCUGAGCCAGAACUCGAACGGGAACCCACUUCUACUUCAGCUACUGAGCAGCCGAGCGCUUGGAGCUUUUGGGGUGCUGCCAAGAAGCCCGUCAAGAAAGCGAAGGAGGAGUCUCCCAUUGAUGAAGGUAACGAAGGUUGGCUGGGCUGGGGCAAGAAGAAAAUCCAGGCAUCAACAGCUCUUGUCGAAACCAAUACAGAUCCGGAGUACGAAGACUCAGAGCCACCGCCGGCCGUACCUGAAGCCGACGACUUGUGGGGUAGUUUCACAGGUGACAAAGACAAAAAUAAAAAUAAUCUAAUGCCGGACUCGAUUGAAGAGCCCAAGAAUGACGACCCCUGGACUAGCAGGUCAAAGAAAGUUAAGAAGAAGAAGGGUAGUAAGAACAUUCCGGUCGAGAUAGAGAACGAGCCCCACCUUAACGGUGUCAAACCCGACUCAGUAGAAGAGAGUAGGGGUGGCAAUUUCGACGACGAUGACUGGAAUUGGGGACAAGGUAAAGACAAAAAGACAUCUCCACCCCCAGCACCCACACCACCUUCAUUAGAAAUGAGUUUGUCAGGCCGAGAACUGGAAGAGAAUGUCUGGGAUGACGCCAAAAUUGGAGAAAACGAGGAAGAAAAGAGAGCAGCCGCGGAAUUGGCAAAUCAGAUUGCCGCCGAAGAAGACGAGUUGGCAAUGCUAACAACUAAGAGCCAGAAGAAGAAACUCUCUAAGUCCAGUCAGAAAAGAUUCGAUGAGCUUACUGCAAAUGCCAAACGUCGUGCUAAGAAGAAGCUCAAGGCGGCAGGUCAGAUGAGACUUGAUGAACUUACCGAGAAAGCCCAGGCCCGUGCGGAAGCGAAAGCGUCCCAAGAGGCACAAGAUCAACAGGCACUUGACGCUGAACGAGAGGCGCAAGAAGCCGAGGAACAAGCAGCGCGAGAGGCCGAAGAGCAGAAGGAACGAGAAGCUCAGGAACAAGCGGCGCGCGAAGCAGAAGAAGAGGAAGCUCGCGAGGCUGAUGAGCUAGCUACGCGCGAACGCGAGGAAGCCGAAGCAGCAGCCAAGAAGAAGUUGAAAAAGAGCUCUAAGUCCGAAGAUAAAAAGUCUAAAUCCAGCAGCGCCAAGGAUAAACUAUCUAAAAAGGACAAGGAAAAGGAGAAGGAACGGGAAAGAGAAAGAGAGCGGGAGGAGAAAAAAAGGGAGGAGAGAGAGAGAGAAGAGAAAAAAGAUAAUAGAAGGAACGACGACGACGACCUGGAUCUUGAUAAUAUUGAUCUUGCUCCCGAACAGAUCGAUGAGCUUUUAUCUGGUUUCUCAGCUCCCAAAAUACAACCUCAGCCUAAAUCUAAGGCCGAGACGUAUAAAUCCGAUGCAUUUUCAUUCUGGGGUGCCAGGGCGAAGAGCUCGUCACCCGAGCCGCUUCCGGAAGAACCCCCCAUUGAGGAUGCCCCAUCGUCUUCGAAGACUCCCACAACCGAUGAUGACUGGAUGAAGCCAAGGAAAGCUAAGGCCAAGAACGGUAAGCUUGCCGAAAAGCUUAGGAAAUUUGAACCGGCCAAAGAGGAAGAAGACGAUGACCUGAUUGACGGGCUGGCUGCGCCGCCGCCACGUGUUCGUGUCGCACCACCCGUCGACGAAGAUAACAAAUUUAGGUCCUCUAGAGACAUACUCCCCGGGGGGUUCCCUGACGAAGAUGAGAAUGAAAUCAUUGACAUCGUUGAUAUGGCGCCAGUACAGAAGAAAAAGAAGAGCAGUAAGAAGAGCAAGGCCAAGGCCGUCGAGACACCCCCUCCACCGCCUGAGGUUCCUAUUCCACCACCACCUCCUGAAGUGCCCGUCCCCCCUCCAGCUGCCCCCGACGAGCCCCCGACACCGCCACCCGAGGUCAAGUCCUCCAGAAGAGACCGACCUAAGAUCAGCCGUGAAGGUAGUGCAUCAUGGGGAGUGUGGUCGGCAACACCUCACAAAGAGGAGAGGAGACCCAAGCCGAGAUCCGAAGAGAAGAGGGCCCGGAGAGAGAAAGAGAAGUCAUCUUCUUCCAAGGGCUCGUCGUCAGAAAGGGAUAAUAAAUCCGAAGAGCACCCAGACAAGAAAUUGCCACCUACCAAUCUGCGCACGAACAGUAUAUUCCAGAGCACUCCUCCUAUCUCGCGCUCCAUGUCAACCCGCGAUAAACGCUACAGUGCGAGCAAGUCGGAUUCGCGUCGCCAUUCAGACAAUAUAGCAAAUGCACUAGUGUCGCCACCGCCAGAAGAAAUACCCAUGAUGUCCUCCAAGGCUGCCAAAAUAUUCGGUGUUGACAAGAGCGAAAAGAGUCGCAACCGCAAGACCUCUAUGGCACGUGCCUUGGAUGAUGAAGAGAUCGUCAUGGUUGGAGCCGGAGAAGUCCCUUCGAGCCCUGAGAAGUCGGCUCGUAGACGGCCAAAGCCCAAAACCGAGGACGACGCGGUCAUGUUUGAUAUAGGAAACCCUGCAGAUGCGGUACCUUUCAAGCGAUCGAGCUCGAGUGCCAAGAAAGGCAUUGCUGGUCUUUUUGGGGGCCUUAGGUCCUCGAAUCCACGCUCGGAAUCACGUCCCGAGCCACGUCGUCGCAGUACAUACUACACCACGGACGAUGAAGCACGGCCUGAUAAGAGGGCUAGGCGGUCUACACGAGAUUAUCACGUUGUCGAUGCAGAGGCCAUAGACGAGAGAGAGGCCCGCCGCGCAGCUCGCCGUGCCAGAAGAGCCGAAGAGAAGGCAGUAGAGGAAGCGCGUCUGGCGAAAGAAGAGGAAAGACGCGAGAGGCGAAGAAGAUAUGAAGAGGAGGCUGAAGCUCGUAGACAAGCUGAACGCGAGGCCCGACGAAAUGAGCGUAGGGCUGCCCGAGAACGCGAAGCAGAGCGCCUGGCAGUCGAAGCUAAAGAAGCUGAGAGAGCUGAACGACGUCGGCUUCGUAGACUUGAAAAGGAGGCUGCUGCCGCCGAGGAGAUGGAAACGGAAGCCCGCCGCGCUGCUAGGGCUGAACGACGGCGACCACGCUAUGCUGACGCUUCCGAGGACGAAGAAGAACGUCGACGGAGGAGACACGAAGCCAGGCGUGCCGAAGAAAAGGCCAAUCGAAGACGUACCAUGCCGGUUGAGGAUUAUGUCUACCCUCAGGAAAGAUCUUCACGGCAUGUUGUAGAUGAUCGCGAUCGUGAUCGUGAUCGUGAUCGUGAUCGCAGACGAAGCAGGCCUGCGGUUUGGCCUCACUCGGGUACAGAUUCCUGGGUGAAGGAGCAUUCAGAGUCUGGGCCACCCCCCGAGGAUGGCCCCACUACCGAUGCGCCUCCUGAGGAUGACGAAGAAGCUCGCCGUGCUGCACGACGAGCACGCCGCCGCGCGAAGCAUGGUGAUAUCGAUGCAGAAAUGGAGGACGACCGACGACGCCGUCGCGCGCGCCACGAGGAACGGGAUCAACGAGACCAACGGGAUCGUCGAGAUCGUCGUGUGGGCGGUUCGGACGGCAGUGGUGAUAAGAAUGGUACCAAAGGUGGCCCGCGCGAGUCUUUCUUCACAGACUCGACACCUCGAAGCAGUUGGUGGAGGAAACUUACUGGCUCUUGAGGAGCGGAGUUGGAGACUUGUUUAACAGGGUUGACACCCUACUGUCAUUGGCCACGGAAACAUUUCCUUGGGCGUGUUUUU